AACAUCACAUCCGGUCAACAUCCACUGCGACAGGCGACUGCACAGUGCACAUGGCCGAACCUCGCCAAGAGUUCACGUGUGUUGAAAUCUUUUACGACGCAGCGUACAGCGUAGAUAGAUAAAAAAUAUAUGGUUUUUUAAAAAUGACGAAGCUUUUUGUUCUAUUUGAACAUGCCGCUGGCUACGCCAUAUUUCGCGUUAAAGAGUUCGAACAAAUUGGAAUGCUGUUACCUCAGGUGGAACAGUCCGUAACGGACCUGGCGCGUUUUCGCAGCAUCGUAAGCCUCGUCGGAUUUUCACCCUUCAAGACAGCCUUGUCCGCUCUGGAAAAUAUCAACAGUAUCUCCGAGGGAAUCGUAACGGAGGAUCUGAGGCUCUUCCUGGAUUCCAGCUUCGGCGGAUUGACCAAGAAGGAAGUCGUGCUCGGUGUCGCGGAUCCCAAACUCGGUGCCAGCAUCACCGAGACCUUGGAGAUCAGGUGCGACCAUCUCAACGCCAUACCCGAAAUCACGAGGGGAUUAAGGCUCCACUUUCACAAUCUGGUGAAAGGCUUCACUUCCCAGAACUCCUCAAUCGCACAACUAGGCCUCGGUCACAGUUACUCGAGAGCGAAGGUCAAAUUCAAUGUGAACCGAGUGGACAACAUGAUUAUCCAAAGUAUAACCUUACUGGAUCAACUGGACAAGGAUAUCAACACGUUCAGCAUGCGUAUGCGAGAGUGGUACAGUUAUCACUACCCGGAACUUUCAAAGAUAGUCCCAGAGAAUUAUAUGUACGCAAAGGUCGCCCAGGUGAUAAAAGACAGGACACAACUAACGGAUGACAAGCUAGCGUUGUUGGAAGAAGUUGUCAUGGACAGAGCAAGAGCCGAGGCCAUCGUCAGCGGGGCCAAGUCGUCCAUGGGAAUGGACAUAAGUCCAAUUGAUCUGAUGAACGUCGAGAUCUUCGCUGGACGCGUCAUCGCGUUGGUGGACUUUAGGAAAAGAAUGUCCGCGUAUUUGACGGAGAAAAUGGCGGGAGUAGCGCCGAAUUUAGCCAGUUUGAUCGGGGAUCAGGUCGGCGCCAGAUUAAUAGCGCACGCCGGAUCGCUCACUAAUUUAGCAAAGGCACCGGCGUCUACCGUUCAAAUAUUGGGCGCUGAGAAGGCCUUGUUUAGAGCGUUGAAAAGCCGUGGAAAGCAGAAUACGCCGAAAUACGGACUUCUGUUCCACUCUACGUUCAUCGGUCGCGCCGGCAAGAAUAAUAAGGGUAGAAUUGCGAGGUACCUGGCGAACAAAUGUUCCAUUGCCUCUAGAAUCGAUUGUUUCGCGGAGACACCGACGAAGAUAUUCGGUGAAAAAUUACGUCAGCAAGUAGAGGAGAGACUAAUCUUCUACUCAGAUGGCAACAGUAUACCGAAGAAGAAUCUGGAGGUGAUGAGAGAGGCACUGGAGGAAACUGCACAAAUGUUGGCUGCUCAGAAAAAAGAAGCGAAGGAGAAGAAAAAGAAACAUGAUAAAAAGAGGAAACAUGAUACACUCGAAAAUGAUACGCAAGAAAAUGAUACACAUGAAAAUGGCCACAUCGAAAACGGCGAAGUGAAUACGUCAUUGCAGAAAAAGAAAAAAAAGAAAAAAUCGAAAUCAAAUGACGAAUAAAAAAUUGCUUUCUAUACAUAUAUAUACAUGUAUAUAUAGGGUGUCCAGAAAAUUGCCCGCAAUACUUCGGAAAGGGAUUUGGGAAAGGAAAGAAAAAAAGCUAUAUAAACAUAGGCGAUUUUCUGGAUAUCCUGUAUAAAAAGACACUAUUUGCAUACUAUUUGCAUUUUUUCUUUGUAUCAAAAUUGUUAUUUAGCAGUGACGAGUUUCUGUAUUCUCUGCAGAUUUAUACAUUACAAUUGCAAAUACUUAUAGUCUUUUUACAACAAUACAAGAAUAUACGAAAAUAUAGAAAUUUUUAAUGAACAAACUCCUUCUAUGUAACAUUUAUAUUUCUGUUUGUAUUUUUAUAUAUUUUUGUAUCACUGUAAAAAGACACUGUAUUACAAAAGACGCUGUAAGAAUAUACCUAUAUUCUAAGGAAAUAAUAAAAUGACGUAAAAUUUACGAACAGAACAGAAAGAUAA